CUCGUUCGUCCUCCGUUAUCCAACCUCGGUGAUCUUUGCUUCAGAACCCCUCGUAGGAAAAUGCGGACUAAACUCAUUCGCGGUAGCUGCUAUAUAGCUGGCUACUCGAUAAGAAGUACUCGUCAUGUUUCCCGACAGAAUCUCGUCUUCCUUGCUCUCCAUACACAAUCGAAAGGUGUACCUGGAAAAUAGGAGAGAGGUAUUGGAUUGUGUGUGGCGCACAUCUGUAAAUAGAGAUCUGACUUGCGGUGCUUGAAAUACUAUUGUCGAAAGACAGGAUAGAGUAUUGAAGCAGGACUUAUUAUCUCAAUUCGCAAACAUGGCAUUACCCAUUGUCGCCGGCGCAGCCGCAGGCACAGCAGCCCUAGCCGCCUACCUCAACGCCAAAUUCCACAUCUACCACGACCUUACUGGCGACCGAGGCGGUCUGUCCCCGACACAAGAAGUCGUCAACUACAUCGGCUCCCGCGUUGCUUCAAAGCGCGUCUUGACAUACCAUGUCUUCGAGGACCACGCACUCCGCAAGCAGCCAAAUCAUCCAUUUCUCAUCUUCGAAGGGAAGACGUAUACGUACCGGCAGUUCUUCGACAAGAUUAUUACCACGGGGAAUUGGUUGAUGAACGAGUUGGGUAUCGAAGUCGGAGAGGUUGUUGCUAUUGAUGGGGGGAAUUCUCCAGAGUACUUGAUGCUGUGGUUCGCUCUGGACGCAAUUGGUGCGAUCACGAGCUUUGUGAACUGGAAUCUGACUGGCGAGGGCUUGGUGCACUGUGUCAAGCUAUGUGGAAGUAGAUAUUUGAUCACAGACUCUGAUGUCAAGAGCAAUGUCGAGCCAUGCCGCGGUGAACUCGAAGGACUGAAUGUCAAGAUCGUGUACUACGAUCCAGCGCUCUUUGCGUCGCUAAGUAACAACACGCCUAUUCCAGAGACUCGCCGUGAGAGCAUCACCAUUGAGUCAGUCCGUGGCUUGAUCUACACCUCCGGCACUACUGGACUUCCUAAGGGUGUCGUGAUGUCAACCGGACGCGAACUCCUGGUCGGACACAUGACAGCAAAGUACCUAAAGCUCAAGCCGGAAGACAGGAUGUACACAUGCAUGCCACUAUACCAUGGCGCCGCACAUGGCCUAUGCACUACACCCACUAUCCACGCCGGCUCUACCAUCGUACUGGGCAGGAAAUUCAGUCACAAGACAUUCUGGCCCGAAGUCGCGACCUCCAAAGCCACAAUCAUCCAAUACGUCGGCGAGCUAUGUCGAUACCUCCUCAACGGUCCUCCCAACCCGCACGAGCGCGCCCAUUGCGUCCAGGUGGCGUGGGGAAACGGCAUGAGGCCAGAUGUAUGGGAGCCCUUCCGCGAGCGCUUCAACAUCCCCAUCAUCAAUGAACUAUACGCCGCGACGGAUGGUCUCGGCGCUACGUUCAAUAGGAAUGCAGGCCCAUUUACCGCGCACACCAUCGGUCUCCGCGGGCUGAUCUGGAACUGGAAGUAUAGUGACCAGGAAGUCCGUGUCAAGAUGGACGUGGAUACCGAGGACAUUAUGCGCGAUGAGAACGGCUUUGCGAUCCGUUGUGGGACCAACGAGCCUGGACAGGUGUUGCAUAAGCUCACACCCGAAGUCAUCGCGUCUACGCCGGGAUACUUCAACAACGACAAGGCCACAGUGGGAAGGAGGAUCGCAGAUGUUUUCGAAAAGGGAGACUUAUGGUUCAAGUCAGGCGACAUGAUGCGACAAGACAGCGACGGACGAGUCUUCUUCGUCGACCGUCUAGGCGACACCUUCCGCUGGAAGUCGGAGAACGUGUCCACUAACGAGGUCGCCGACAUGAUUGGCAAGUACCCCCAGAUCGCCGAGACGAACGCCUAUGGCGUUUCUGUGCCAGGCUACGACGGGCGUGCCGGAGCUGCAUCAAUCGUCAUGGCGGACGGUGUGACGGAAUCGACGUUCGACUUCCAGGGUCUUGCGGCACAUGCUAGAGCGGUGCUGCCGGGAUACGCGGUGCCGUUGUUCUUGAGGGUCACUCCGGCGCUGGAAUAUACCGGUACGUUGAAGAUUCAGAAGGGCAGGCUGAAGAGGGAGGGCGUGGAUCCUGAUCUUGUGACGGGUGACGAUAAGAUAUAUUGGUUGGCGCCGAACAGUGAUAGAUAUAUGCCUUUUGAGAGAAAGGAUUGGGAGGGCAUUAAAGACAAGAGUAUUAGAUUGACCUGAGAUAUACGAUAGAAUUGGUGGUGUGUUAGCU